UUAUCAUAAAAUUGUACAAAUCCAAUUGAAAUGAAUCUAAAUAUUUUUGAUCUGUUUGAUCUAUUUUAAUGAUGCAGGGAGUAUCUUCCAUAAAAUUAAAGGAGGAAGGAAUUGAAUGUUGUUAAAUUUAGGUUGGUAGGAAGGAGUAGUGAUUUUGACCGGCAAGUGAGGUUGAAUUAUUAUAUAGUUGACACCAUCUCCUCCCACUUGUUUCGUCUAUCUUCUUCUUCGUGAAUCCCUUCCAAAGUAAAAGUAUGAGUUCCGAGGGCGUCGGGGAAGAUUGCCUUGCUUGGGCGGCAAGAGAUGCAUCUGGAGUUUUGUCGCCUUACAAAUUCAAUCGCAGGGCUCUUGGGAGUGAAGAUGUUUAUGUCAAAAUUACACACUGUGGCGUUUGUUAUGCUGAUGUAAUUUGGACAAGGAAUAAACACAGGGAUUCAAAGUAUCCUGUUGUGCCGGGACAUGAAAUUGCUGGGGUUGUAGCAAAGGUUGGUCCUAAUGUCCAACGUUUCAAGGUUGGUGACCAUGUUGGAGUGGGGACUUACGUCAACUCAUGCAGGGAGUGCGAGUAUUGUAACGAUAGACUAGAAGUUCAUUGUGUCAAGGGAUCGGUUUUCACAUUUAAUGGUGUUGAUUUUGAUGGUACUGUUACAAAAGGAGGAUACUCCACUUCCAUCGUAGUACAUGAAAGGUAUUGCUUCUUGAUACCUAAAAGCUACCCUUUAGCUUCAGCAGGUCCUUUGCUUUGUGCUGGCAUCACAGUUUAUUCUCCCAUGAUGCGUCAUAAGAUGAAUCAACCUGGUAAGUCUCUUGGAGUGAUUGGUCUUGGUGGCCUCGGUCAUAUGGCGGUAAAAUUUGGGAAGGCAUUUGGUUUGCGUGUGACGGUUUUCAGCACUAGUGUGUCCAAGAAAGAGGAGGCGCUGAACCGACUUGGCGCGGACAAUUUUGUUGUUUCAUCUAAUCAAGAAGAGAUGAAGGCAUUGGCUAAAUCAUUGGAUUUUAUCGUUGACACGGCAUCAGGUGAUCAUCCGUUUGAUCCUUACAUGUCACUCUUGAAGGUAUCUGGUGUUCUGGUCUUAGUUGGGUUCCCAAGUGAAGUCAAAUUCAGCCCUGCAAGCCUUAAUUUAGGAUCAAAAACUGUUUCCGGAAGUAUUACAGGUGGUACUAAAGAGAUACAGGAGAUGAUUGACUUCUGUGCUGCAAACGGGGUUCACCCAGAUAUAGAACUGAUUCCAAUUGGGUACUCGAACGAAGCUCUUGAAAGAGUCAUAAAUAAGGACGUGCAAUAUCGGUUUGUGAUAGACAUUGGAAACUCUCUUAAGUUGAAUUAGAACUAGACAGGGAAGGACUGCCUUGUUUGAUAUUACAUACCAGAAGCAGAGAGAGAGAUGUUCAGUGUUCCAUAAUGAUGGCCAGGAUGAUUCAAAUUUCAUAUAUCUAGCACUUGAGAGGGUCAUAAACAGGGAAAUAAAAUACCCGUAUGUAGUAGCACUUAGUCUUUUUAUUGCUACAAAAAAAUUAUGAGUUCGGUUUCGAUUUUCAACUUUCGAGAAUAAACUAAGGCAGGCUUCAGAUGCAACAGCUCAGAGAGCCUUUAUAGAAAUAUUUAAGAUAUAGUAAUCUAGUAGACAUUGAGAACUCAAUAAAAUAAGCAUGUUAGCAUAAAAUGUUGGGAAAUGACUUCCUGUGGAUCAACUAAUAGAACUUCUUUUGCUUUCUA